GAUUGUAAACAAAAAUGGCGUCCGCCUUGGAGAACUUGGAGGCUCAAUUGGAGCUCUUUAUCGAGAACGUACGGCAAAUACGCAUUAUAGUGAGCGAUUUUCAACCUCAAGGGCAAAACGUACUGAAUCAAAAGAUUCAAGGCUUAGUCAAUGGCCUACAGGAAAUUGACAAGCUAAAGUCUCAGGUACAAGACGUCCAUGUGCCACUGGAAGUAUUUGAUUAUAUCGACCAAGGGAGAAAUCCGCAGUUAUACACCAAAGACUGUAUAGAGAAAGCUCUGACGAAGAAUGAACAGGUGAAAGGGAAAAUCGAUGCCUAUAGGAAAUUCAAGGCGAACAUGCUGGUGGAAUUGAAUCGAGUUUUCCCGAACGAACUGACCAAAUACAGAGCGAUUCGCGGAGACGAAUAGGAUAAAUGUAACUUAAAGGACCAGAUUAUGACAAACAAAAUGUUUCUUUGCAAACGCUGCCACAUGAUAUGUAAUUUACGUUUUCAAUAACUUCUAUAUUUAUUAAAGAAUAUAUUAUCUAUGCACGAUA